AUGCUCGCUCUUUGGGUGAGGCCAAAGAUUACGCUGGAGAUUUUUACAACAUGUUAUUAUAAGGUCAAGGCUCAGAGAGUCCCCUCGAACGAUAUCCAAAAGAAGAGAGAAACAGACUGCGGCUCUAAAAUCGUCGAUGGCAAUAUUGUCAUGGACGCCACUUCCAAACCCAGGAUUUCGAUGCCGGUCUUGGCCCGGAACAACCCUGAAGACUCAGAUAUUGUCAUGUGGAAUGUGGCGGUCGUUCGUGCUUGCUUCUUUUGUUAUUCCUCUAUCACUCCUUCCUUUCUUGACUACUCCGAAUGCGCCUCUGAAUCUGAGAUUAAAGGCAAUGCAGUGACCAUACAGAUCUCGGCAGACCAGUUGAGAAGAGUGAUUUUCUCAUAUAGCAAGUGUCUUUUAUCCGCCGACACCCUCACCAGUACUCGUCAGGAAGUCUUGCCUGAUUGCAUGCCGUCACCGGUACGCAUUCUCCAGCAACCAAGAGAACCCAGAAGUGGAAAAGGUGUUGAGCCAACCUUUGCGGCUCUUACUUCCCAAGACCAGUGGCUCAACGACUUCGCAUGUCAUCUUCUCCUCAUCAGAGGAUGGAACCAGCCGAAUAUAUUGAACCAGCGAGUCUCCGAGAAAACACCGGAGAGGAAACCAAGUAAUCAGCCAGAUGAUAAGGCAAUGAAGACCGCUCGAUUGGAUCCCCAGACCCUUGAUCCUGACUGGACAAUGUUCGAGUAUCAUGGUCGUGUUCUCUCCAUCCCCCUGAUGGACAACCAAGCAAACCCUCACAGAUAA